CUUGAGAGCAAAAUAAUCACAUUUCUGAAGAAUGAGCUGGAGAAGUUAAAGAAAAUAUUACAACAUGAGAACACACAACACUUUGUGAAGGACUUUAAUGAGAACAGAUCCAGUAUCAAAUCAGCAGCUCUUGAUCUCACACUACAUUACCUGAGAGAGAUGAAGCAAGAUGAAGCUGCUGAUGCUCUAGAAGGUGAGCUGUUACUCAUUCAUCAGCUGAAAUGUGGCCUAAAGAAGAAGUAUCAAUGUGUGUUUGAAGGAAUGGCGAAGCAAGGUGACUCCACACUCCUGAAUAACAUCUACACAGAUCUCUAUAUCACUCAGGGUGGCAGUGAACAGGUCAAUACUGAACAUGAGGUGAAACAGAUUGAAGUUGCUUCCAGACGUCAUGAAGCACAAGAGAUACAGGUUGAAUGCACACAUUUGUUUGAAGCGCCUGAACAAGACGAGGAGAUCCGGACUGUACUGACAAAAGGAGUCGCUGGCAUCGGGAAAUCAGUCUCUGUGCAAAAGUUUGUUCUGGACUGGGCUGAAGGAAAAGAAAAUCAAGAUAUCAGCUUCAUAUUUCCUCUUCCAUUCAGAGAGAUGAACUUAAAGGAGAAAGAAAAACUAAGUUUGAUGGACCUUAUAACUCAAUUUUUCCCAGAGACAAAAGGACUGAACCUUACAAGAAGGAAUCAGUUCAAAGUGCUGUUCAUCCUUGAUGGACUGGACGAAUGCCGCCUUCCUCUGAAGUUUGAUUGUAAUGAGACGUGGUGUGAUGUAUCGUCACCAGCCUCUCUGGAUGUUCUCCUAACGAACCUCAUGAAGGGAAAUCUGCUUCCUUCUGCUCUCGUCUGGAUCACCAGCAGACCAGCAGCUGCCAGUAAGAUUCCUCCUGACUGUAUCGACCGGCUGACAGAGAUACGAGGAUUCAGCGACGCACAAAAGCAAGAGUACUUCAAAAAAAGAUUCAAGGAUGAUAUUCAAGCCAACACAAUCAUAGAUCAUGUUAAACAAUCAAAGAGUCUCUUUAUCAUGUGCCACAUCCCAGUCUUCUGCUGGAUUUCAGCCACUGUUCUCCAGAACAUUCUGGAGGAGAAGAGAAAUAAUGAUGUGAAAAACACUCAGGCUGAUGAGAUCUCUAAAACACUGCAGGAAUCAAACACUGAAGACACUCCCAAGACUCUGACACAAAUGUACACACACUUUCUCCGCUUUCAGAUCCAGCAGAGCCGCCGAAAAUAUGAUGGAGAAUACACACCAGAUGUUUCCUGGAAUAAAGACACCAUCCUUUCACUGGGGAAACUGGCAUUUCAUCAGCUGGAAAGAAACAACCUGAUCUUCUAUGACACAGACCUGGAAGCCUGUGGUCUUGACGUCUAUAAGGCAUCAGUGUACUCAGGCAUGUGUACCCAGAUCUUUAAGGAGGAAACAGGGAUCGUUCUUGGUACCAUGUACUGCUUUGUUCACUUGAGCAUUCAAGAGUUUAUUGCAGCCCUUUAUGCACAUCUGUUUCUAGACAUCAACAAGACAAGUGUGUUUGAUCAUGAGUCUACAGAACAGGAAAACAGAAAUGAAACCAUGAUUGAUUUUCUCAAGACUGCAGUGGACAAGGCGCUGGAGAGUGACAAUGGACACCUGGACCUUUUCCUUCGCUUCCUCCUCGGUCUGUCACUCCAGUCCAAUCGACGACUCUUACGAGGUCUGUUGACACAGCGAGACGGCACUGACCAGAGCAACAAGGAGUUAGUUCAGUACAUCAAGCAGAAACUAGAAGAUAAUCUUCCUGCAGAGAGAUCCAUCAAUCUGUUCUACUGUCUGAAUGAACUGAACGACCAAACUCUGGUGAACGAGAUUCAGACCCACCUUAGCAAAGGAAGUCUCUCAUCUGGUGACCUUUCACCUGCCCAGUGGUCUGCUUUAGCCUUUGUGUUGUUGACAUCAGAGGAACAGCUGGAGGAGUUUGAGCUUCAGAAAUUCAAGAAAUCAGACGAGUGUCUCAUUAGAUUAUCGGCAGUCAUUAAAGCCUCCAAAACAGCCCUGUUAAAUGAUUGUAACUUAACAGACAAAAGCUGUUCAGCUCUGGCUGCAGUUCUUGGAUCAGAUACCAAUCUGAAAGAGCUAAACAUGAACAAUAAUAAUCUGCAGGAUUCAGGAGUGAAGCUGAUCUGCACUGGACUGAAGAAUAUAAAGUGUAAAUUGGAGAUACUGAGGUUAAAUGAUUGUAACUUAACAGACAAAAGCUGUUCAGAUCUGGCUGCAGUUCUUGGAUCAGAUACCAAUCUGAAAGAGCUGAACAUGAACAAUAAUAAUCUGCAGGAUUCAGGAGUGAAGCUGAUCUGCACUGGACUGAAGAAUAUAAAGUGUAAAUUGGAGAUACUGAGACUCUCUAACUGCAGCGUAACAGAAGAAGGUUAUAAAGCUCUGGCUUCAGCUCUGAGAUCAAACCCUUCACACCUGAUAGAGCUGGAUCUCACAGGGAAUGAUCCUGGAGAAUCAGGAGUGAAGCAGCUCAAUGAUUUACUACAGGAUCCAGACUGUCAACUGAAGACACUGAGGUUUUUGAGUCCUGCUGCAGAGAAAGCCUGUCGGUAUGUGAAUAGAGUUGUGGGUGAAAACCCGUUACUCCUGAGAAAGCUGAAUCUGAGUGGACAUGAACUAGGAGACACACGAGUGAAUCAGAUCGCUGCUCUACUGCAGGAUAAACACUGUCGACUCGACACACUGACGUAUUAUGAAGCCAUAAAGAAUCGCAUGCGCAGGCCAGUUCGGUAUGGUGCAGAUUGCGCACGCAAGAGAGCCCUGCGCAUCUGGGCGGAGCUGUUAGCGCAAGCGAGGCAGGAGGAGUUAGCGGAGGCCGGAGAGGGAGAAGUGGAGGAGAGCGACGAGGAGGAGGAAUUCACCAAUGAACUUGUAGUUGAGGAUCACGGUACUGACUGA